AUGAGAUUCUUAAGGAAUGUACUCUUUCUACUAGUAGAAACAGAAAGUGUUUUUUGUGCAGUAUAUAAUCCGAUAUUCAUAAGCCCUAAUACAUUUGAAACAGCGAAUCCAGCCCUUUUGAUUGAGCCUUCUAGACAUGAACGGCAUGCAGGAAAAAGAAGAGAAUUGCAGUAUAAAUUAGACAAUAACUAUGCUGUACGCAAUGGACUUGAAUAUAUAGAAGAUGCCUUUGACCAAAAUAAAAGAGAAACCCUCUAUGAGCCAGGCCUUCCUAAGUCAAACCCGAAUGAAAAUGGAUUUGAAGUCUCUGAGAAAAAUCCAUACAUAAGACAAAUUCUAUUCACAGAUCUUCAUGAAACAAUAAGCAAAAACAAAGAUAAGUAUCGCGAGUGUAGGAACUUACUAGACAUAUUACAGGCCCCUCGGAAAAUAAAGUCAGUGGGUCCUGAUGAGUUCUAUUUAUAUGGAGAAGACUACAGAGAAAUAAAUCCAAAGGUCUGCUCUUUUAUGGUAAUAAGCUGCAUGGACCCUUCUGAAUACAAAUAUCUGAAAAACCUGCUUGACACAGCACCAAACUAUACGCGCCCAGAUAUUAAGAAGAAGUUCAGAUAUCGGUGCGAUGCUAUGCCCAAGAACCUGGAGUCAUAUUCUGUUGAGAUGCGGAUAAGAGAAAGCUCUUACACUAUAACUAAGUUUUAUGAAAAAUUGCAAGAUGUACGGAGUGUUUUGUACAAUGCAUUAGAGAGCAGCAGAAUGGAUGCACAAGCAAUUGAUGCCUUUUGGGAUCACCAAGUAAUGGUACGAACCUUCUACUCUUACAUAGCCAGUCAGCUGAAGGUCUUUUUGGAAAUUCAAAGGAAAUUUAUUUAUAGCGAUGCAGCAGUAGAAGAAAUUAGCAAAGUUAGAAAAAGAGGAGACACUAUUACAAACAGCAGCGAGAUAUAUGAGAUGCGAGAAAAACACAUCAAUGAAAACAAAGAUUUGUUCUACCCUGAGAUUGAAAAUAUGUACUAUGGCAAGGCAGCAACACUAAACAUGAUAUACCAAGUAAAGGGACUGUUCCCACAUAUUGAAACAGUCUAUAAACAUCUAAGAAAUAGCGAUGUUAAUGGAGAAUCUAUCGUAGAUGGGUGUACAUUUUUGGUAGAAAAGGCAAAUGUUCUGAGCAAUUUUACUGAAGCCUACAACCUAGUGCUUGACUUUGACCCGUACACAAUUGAUAAUAAGGCUUCUAUUGAGGCACAGAAAAGAAUGAAAGCUGGGAUUUCUUCGCUUUUAAACAUUAUAUAUGACCUAUGUGAGCGUAUUGAGGCUGAAUUUACAGAGACUAUGAUGAAGUUAUCUAGCUUGAUUGCAAAUAAUCCAGAAGAACCAUCUGCAUAUGUACUUAAACAGCAUGAGUCUAUAGAUGAUUACUUAUUCGUGCGCCAGUUUUCAUCUUGUAUAUCAGUGCUUGAUGAAAUAGGCAUUGCAAUUGUUAAAUUAUAUAACUGUAUUCUAAGACAGCACCUUGUUGAAGCAGGAAGCCAUACUUUAUAUGGGUUUACUUAUAUUCAUGAUUAUGUUGACAGUGAGAAGCAAUACAAGGAUUCUAUUCUAAAAAAUCCUAAAGUCUAUCAACCAAUUGCCCCAUUAGAAAGGGUUCCAGCGUGUGCAGACUCAGUCCCGUCUAUUUCAAACAGGCAGAGAAAUCCACUAGCACACCCUUCUAUAAAUAGAGCUGAAACUGCAUCAAGGAAUCUUCGUUCUGAUAAAAGAAAUAGAGAGUAUGAUCCACACCAUGCCUCAACUCCCACAGGAAACUAUCCUUUGAAUGAUAAUAAUAGCCACAAGACGCAAAGUGCAAAAAAGCAUUCUUCUGAAGAGAAUAAUUCUAAUAAUGGAGGAGAGAGAUAUCAUGACAAUAAUCAGCGUGAAAUAAAUUUCCUAGUGAGAAAGGAUACCUCUAACCCAAAGCAUAAGCAUAAGGUAGAAGUUCUAGACAGCCACGGUCACUUGUAUGAAGAUGCCGUCAACCAGCAGGCCGUUAAAUCUGAAGAAGAUGAGAGUGGUGAUGUCUAUUACUAUAGAGAUGAAAACAUUGGGGAUAUCUUUACAGAUGUAGGAAAUAAACAUGUGGAUAAUUAUUCGUAUGAAGAUGGCGCCAAUCAGCAGGUCUUUGAAUAUGCAGAAGAUGAGAAUAGUCGCGAUUAUUCAUAUGAAGAUGAUACUAAUGAGGGCGACUUUGAGUCUGCGGAAGAAGGAGAUAGCAAUUCUGAUACUUAUUCAUAUGAAGAUGAUACUAGUGAGGAAGACUUUGAAUCUUCCGAAGAAAGAAGCUUUAAUAAGCAUUGGUAUGAAAAUCACCAGAAAUAG